AUGCUGGCUUCUGCCUCCCGAAGAGUAGUUGUGCACCAACAGCUGCUGCCGAAGAGUUGUUUGUGCGGGCGACUUCUGCAAUACAGCAGCAGGCAGGACCAGACAUGGUGGGAUGAGGAGUUGGAUCGACGCCGCCGUGGCAACAAAGUAGGGCGGCAAGAAGCGGUGAAGCAGGAGGAAAGACAGGCUGGUAUCCAGUUGGAAGCUCAACGAAGACCGGAGCGCCAGGAGAUCCAGCAGAGUGCAGCGGAGAUGCAGCUCUUUGCGUCUGCUGAGAGCCAGCGACCUCCGUGGGCGGUGAUAUUACUGUUGCUGGCCUCUGGUGGGCUUACAGCUGCUGCGACUGCUUUGUGGGCAAAGGUGAGUCACUCGCAAUCCUUGGAAGAGCUUCAAGAAGAACUUCAGAAUUUCUGCUGGGUGAUUUCCGGAUGUUCCGUCAGCUUGCCGCAGCUGCAGGCGGGUGAAGUCCAUCGCCUCUUUGCGGCUUCGCUCCUUCGAGCUGGCGAGCGGCCUGCAAGGCUCUUGGCCGACACCAUCCUCUUCUUUUGCUGCGGGACCCUGCUAGAACGCCUCUAUGGGUCUACGUUUCUGCUGCAGCUGAUUCUUGGGUCAACCGUUUUCAGCAACGUCUCCGCCCUUUAUCUACAUCAACAUUUCGUAGCUCCAAGCGGUGAUCCUCCAGGAUCCAUCUCCUCGAGCUCUGCUGCAGUCGUGACACUCGGAACCUUUUGUGCCCUGCGACAUGGCCGGUGGGCUGCGUGGCGAGGUGUUCCGGUCCCCAUCUCUUGGCUGAUGGCACCUGUUCUGGAGCUCGAGGAGUCGUGGCCGAGCCCGAAGGGACAGCCGCGACCGCCACAGCCGCCACAGAAGUCGCAGAUCGCGGUCGCGUCCGAGGCGCGCUGCCUCGAGCUCCAGAAGUCCACGCCGACGCACUGCAAGCAGGUUUCGAAGGCAUUUGCUAGCCAAUGCAGUUCGAGCAAAGAGAAGCGACGGGCGCAGGCCCAGGAGUAUCGCAUCCCUCCGCCGAAGACCCGCAUGGAUGCAGCGAAUGCGCCACCUUCCAUAACGGAGGCCCAAAAGGCAGCCUCCAUCGAACGCGGGGGCUACCUCUAUGCUACAAUCGAUUUCACACCGGCAGUGCAGAAUGCACCCUGGUCUACAGAGGCACCUGCGCAGUACGACUAUCAGACAAAGUCCGACAUCUCGGUGACUCGCUCCAAGACCUUGCCGCGAGGAUGGGAGCUGGUGAAAGGCCCGCCUGGGGAUGACAUCAAGGAGCUCAUCAAGAUCCACCCAUGGGGCACUCACCUUUUGGUCACGGAGGGUGGGAAUGCCUACUGGACCCACGCUGGCGACAAUCCGGGCGCAAUGGAAGCCAUCUGGGAUUACGACAAAUACCCUGGCAGGUAUCAGCUCAAGCCCAGGUAUGGCCGUGUCUCGUCCUGGCAUGGAAACUUCUUCAUCAGGUUGCCGACCUCUCGCUUGCACGAGCUUACCUUCAUGACCUUGCUGUUUACAGGAAUCCAGCGGUCCAUUGCGCUGGCCGCGUGCCUUGCCGUUGAGGAUGCAGCUCGGAGUAACUUCCGGCCACCGGCCCAAGACAUCGUGUCCUGGCGGAUUGAUUUGGAGAUCACUGCCGAGGAGGAUCCCCCUGCAGCUCCAGAGGCAACCGUCUUGGCAGACGCUGUCGGAGCGCUUCUGGGUGCUG